GCUCUGCAGAGGGAGGGAGCGGGAGAGAGCGAGAGCGAGUGAGUCGAGCUCGGAGCUUCCUGCCCAUUAAAGGAUUACGCGCAAACCACAAUGCUAAGCAACCCGGCCAGGUGUUUCCCCCUUCUUCUCACUCUUUGCGUCCUGCUGGAAGAAGGUCUGGGCCGUCCCCCGGCAGAGUCCCACCGAGCGGCGGCGGCGAGCAGCAGGCACCUGAGGACAAAGCGAUGCUCUUGCAAUAACUGGAUGGACAAGGAAUGCAUCUACUUCUGCCACCUUGACAUUAUCUGGAUCAACACCUCGGGGCGCUCCACUCCCUACGGCCUGGGAAACCUGCAGAAGCGUCAAAAGAGAGCUCUGGACAGGUGUGAAUGUGCACACUCCAAGGACAGCAUCUGCGCCACUUUUUGCCAUAAGAGGCCUUGGGGUCCCAGGAGUCCUCGCAUGCCCAAGAGCAAAGGCACACUGGAAAAGAUUAUCCAUGGUGGUCUUACGAAAUGCAGCAAGCUGAACUUCUGAAAGUUCUCAAGAAUCUUGCUCUUUCUAACUCCCUGUUCGCCAGAAAGUAGCACGCUUCUCCAAGAAACUCCAGCCAGCGCUUCACCCACCUGAGCAGAAUAUCUGGAAGAAAACAAGCCAAUCAAAAGGAUAAGGAAGGGCUUACAGGUUGCCCUUUACCUUGACAGCACGGAGACCUGCGGUUGCCAGAAGCUUGUACUAAACGGGUACCUUGAAGUGGGAGGAGAGACCCCCGAAAGAGGAAAGCUUAAUGGGGGGAAAAAGUUGUUGGUGGUGUAAGGUGUAAGGAUCAAACAGAGAUGACAGCACAGCUCCUUGAGUCAUCCGGAAACGGUCUUAAAAGGAAACAGCCUCUCUGUUUUGAAGACUCCACCUUGUUGGAUAGGGAAGAGGACUUUUGUCUUGGAUACCAACAGGACUCUGUAUCAGAUCUGAGUGUAAACAACUGGCGUUGGUUCGGGGGCAACUUUUAAGCACAGAGGCCAAUGGCGAUACCAAGCACCCCUUACCUCAGGAACUUGCCUUCUCUGGCUCUCAGACAUCAGUUUUGGACAUUUGCCUUAAUACACUGGCUAACUACCCCCCCCCCCGACUCUUCACACGUCCUUCUCCUUUUAUCCCGAUUCUUCUUGUUCCUGCAAAUCUCUCCCCCAGCUGCCCAGUAAAAGAGGAUCGGAUGUAUCCUGAACAGGAUGCUUGGGUCAUAGGUACAGGACAAAUCUAUCUCUUUUCUGUGUUUUUUAAAGGGGAAAAAAGUAUUUUUACAGUGGCCCUGGCUUGACUUAUUUAACCCAAAUUCAUGUUCUCUCUUUUCUCUGGGGUGAUUCCAGUGCUGAUGGGAAAUGGUACAGGCCAUGAAAGAGUUGAGAAUGCUUCAGGGCAGGGAUCGUCUUCACUGCACAUUAAAACCAGUCUAAGUGAUGUGGCUCCUCCUGAGGGAACCCUUGGGAUUGUAGCUGCAAGAGGGGUACUGGAACUAGCAAAGUUUACUAGUUUCAUAAACUAUACUUGAAGCUGCUUUUACACUCCUGACACUAUUGUUGACUUUGACGGGUCAAGGCUCUCUAAUGUCACAAGGUCCUUCCCAGUAUUUCCCAGCCCUGCUAUUGAAGGUAAUUUAAUUGGAGGUUGUACAGGCUAAACCUAGAAUCUUCUGCAUGCAAAAUUUUCUUAGCCCCCUUAGCUGGGAAUGUCACAGACUGAAUCUAGGCCCUUCUGCACACAAAAUAUGUGCUCUAUUACUGAGCUUCAUCCAUUUUGGUGUCAAGUUCACCUCCACAGCAGGGGAAAGCUUGUCAAUUUCUCCAGCAAUGGUGGUGGAAUUGAGAAGCUUGAGUCUGACCAAGCCCUUGCCUUGUAGAGGGGAAACUGUACUGGUUUCAACCCUCCUUCAGCCAUUUCACCCUCUAAUCAAUUGGACUUCUUAGGACAGGCUUCAGAGGUGGGAAGAAACUUUUGUCAGUUUCUCCACUGCUCUUGUUAGCUGGGUGCAGGGUCUAGAAAAUGCAAAACUGAAGCUCAGCUUUCUGGGUGUCAUUGCUGGGUAUAUGCGCGAUUAUGGAAGCAAACUAGAAGGGACAAAACAGCCUGUGUGUGUGUUGAUUCACAUACAUACGAAACUCAGAAGUUGUUCAGAAACUCCACGGAACCUCUGUGAAGUUUCCUUAGGCAUCUGAGUGGGAUGAUGGAAAUAAAGCAAAACAUUCGACACAUCUCCUAAUUCAGGGCUCUCUUCAUGUACCAUUCUGAAGAUUCCUCCUUUGGGGGCUUUGCCUAGCUAGACUGGACUGAGACAGGUUUCAGUGUGCAGUAGAGAUGUUUCUGCAGCAAAGGCCAAUCAUUCAGCCAAAUGGGCGCCUUGCGGGAAAACUUGGCUUGAACGGGUCCACAGAAUGAUUGGUUUGGGCUGAAGUGGAGGCAUCCUUGCUUGAGUGCCAGAGCCUCCAAAAUCCACAUUUACUGCUCAUUUACUGGCUCAUCUUACGCUCAUGGGCUCUGCAGUGGGAGUUGGAUUUAUGAGGCAGGCAUGUGGCUCAAGCUGUCACAGCACUAACUCCCCAUGCCCCACUUUGUACGUAGAUCCGGACAAGCCAAACCCAGAGCCAGUCUGAUCUUGUGCUCUGGUUCUGAAUUCCCUCCUUCCAUGGCUGAGAGGGUUGUGUAACUGUUCCUUUCCUUGAAU